AUGCCGCUGGUGCGCCACCGCAAAGUGCUCAUCCUCGGGUACCGCGCCGUGGGCAAAACCUCCCUGGCCCACCAGUUCGUGGAGGGGAAGUUCGUGGAGUGCUACGAGCCCACGGUGGAGAGCACCUACAACAAGAUGGUGGUGGUGGGGAAGGACGAGUUCCAGCUCCAGCUGGUGGACACGGCCGGGCAGGACGAGUACACCAUCCUGCCCCACUCCUUUGUCAUCGGCAUCCACGGCUACGUCCUGGUGUACUCGGUGACCUCCCUGCGGAGCUUCCAGGUGGUGAAGACCCUUCACAACAAGCUCUACGAGAGCCGGGGGAAGACGCGCAUGCCCGUGGUGCUGGUGGGGAACAAGGCGGACCUGUCCCUGCAGAGCCGGGAGGUGAAGACGGAUGAAGGGAAGAAGCUGGCGGAGUCGUGGGGGGCCAUCUUCCUCGAGUCCUCCGCCAAGGAGAGCCAGGUGACCCAAGGGAUCUUCAGGAAGAUCAUCGAGGAGAUCGACCGGGUGGACAACUCCUACGGCAGAUCGACGGGCUGCCGCCUGAUGUGA